AUGACAACUUCCUCUCAUCGAGAUAAUUUCUUUCAAACUUCUGCUUCCUUAGACGAGCAACAGAGGAAAGACGCCAAGUCUCAGAAUUCCAAUGGAAAUCCUAUUCGGUUACAAAGCAAGCUCCUAGCUAUUCAUCCCGAUCCAAAGAGUCAAAACUCCAUCUAUGUAGCUCAAAGUAGCGGCGUUAUCAGGAGAGUGGUUCUUGAUACUGGCGCAACAUCUGCCCUUUACAAAGGUCCUACAGCUCCAUUGACUAGUAUCUGCUUAAGUGCAGAUGGCAAGCUAUUGUUUGCUGGAUGUUGGGACAAAACGGUGUGGAGCUGGGACGUUGCCUCAGGCCAGCCUCGCCUAAAGUAUGAAGGCCAUUCAGAUUUUGUUAAAACAGUUACGAGUGCUCGUUUGAAUGGAGAAGACUUACUCAUUACGGGUGGUGCUGACGCUCAAGUCCUCAUUUUCAACAUUACCACCGGUCAACGCAUCGAGACUUUCAAAGGCCACGCGCGGGGUAUUGAGGAUCUAAUCCUUGACCCGGAAGUGGAAGAAUCUGAUGCUCUAAUAUUUAGCGCUGGCAGUGAACGAGAGAUCCGACAGUUCAAGAUCUUUGGUGGCGGCGAUUCCGCGGAGCCUCUUCUCCCUCACGAGACCAGUAUAUACAAGCUUUUCUUCGAUCAGGAUGGCGAUCUGUGGACCGUGUCCGCCGAUAAGACAGCGAAGUGCUUGGUGCGAGCAGAUGGAUGGAAGCCCAAUAUCAGUUUGGAACACCCUGACUUUGUGCGAGAUAUUGUUGUGCAUGAAGCUGGCGGUUGGGUUAUUACAGCUUGUCGAGAUGAAGAGGUCCGCGUAUGGAACCGAUCGACUGGAGAGCUUCAUCACACAUUUUCUGGUCAUUUUGAGGAAGUCACUGGACUCGUCUUGCUGGGCUCCACUGUGGUCAGCGCUGGCAUUGACGGGACCAUUCGACAAUGGUCUCUUCGUCCGGAUCAAUUACAAGAAGCUGUGGCACUAGCUAAGGCGGAACCUGCUGUACCUGAAGAGGAAGAGCCAAGUGCUGAAAAUAUGCUUACCGAAGAGGAGGAGCGUGAGUUGGCUGAGCUCAUGGACGAUUAG